AGAAAUGUUUUGACAGAGCGAAUGGCGUGGAUCUGGAAUGCCCUGCCUGAGAGUGUGGUGGAUGCAGGUUCGAUCGAGGCUUACAAAAGGAUUAUUAUCUGAAAAAGAAAAAGUUGAAGGGCUAGAGUGAAAAGGCAAGGGAGCGGUGUGAGGAUGUGAGCUCAAGGCAGGUGAGAAGGAAUACAAGAUGGAGGUGGACGACGAUGAAUCUGAGCAUCAGCUUUCUUUGAGAACGGUUUGCCUUGGUGCUGGUGCAAGUGAUGACUUACAUCUGGUCGAAGCAGAAGGUUUAAAUUCUGAAGGCAAAAACAUGAAGAUCACUUUGGCAGCUCUGAAGUUGUCAGUACAGCCGACGGUUAGUUUAGGAGGAUUUGAAAUGGCACCACCUGUGAUAUUCAGACUCAAAUCUGGAGCAGGUCCUGUGUACAUCAGUGGCCAACACUUGAUUGCAUUGGAUGAUGAUGAUUUGGAAUCUGAUGAGGAUGACAGCAUGCUGGAGGACACCACAUCGAAACAAGCUAUAAAGCGACCAGCUACUGGCGCAUCCAAAAUAAUGCAGCAGAAAAAAAUGAAAGUGGAAGACUCUGAUGAAGAUGACGAGGAUGAUGAGGAGGAGGAUGAUGAUGAGGAGGAGGAGGAUGAAGAUGAGGAUAUGACCCCAGCAAAAAAGCCUCUUCAGAAAACUCCACUCAAGGCUACCCCUGAAUCAAAGGGAACUCCCAACCAGAACGGCAAAACACCCACCAAAUCCACACCAGCUAACAAGCAGUCAAAGACACCAGAAUCCAGCAGUAAACCCAAGACACCCAAGACCCCUAAGUCACCAUUGACUGUUGAAGAAAUCAAGGCCAAGUUGAAGACUUCAGUGGAAAAAGGUGUUGGUCUGCCCAAGCUGGAGCCUAAGUUUAUAAACUACCUUAAACAUGGCUUCAGGAUAGAGGACCCCAAGAUCAUCAAAGAACUUUGGGCGUGGAGGCAAAAAAUGGAUGGGAAGUAGAGGAACUGUAGCAGUAUUAACUCAAACGUGCUGUGAAAACUGUACUCUGUUCUUGCCUCUGUUUUUGUAAAUAAAACAAUUUGUUUUACAA